AUGGGUUGGCUUGGAAAACUGGUGUCAAACUACUACAGCGUUGUGUUUCGCCGUAUAAUUGCAGCAAUGAUUUUAAUGGCAGCAGGAUACUGCCAAGACCAUCAUCAUCAUUCCAUCUCCUUAAAAUCAGUUAUCAAGCAUGAAACACCAAAGAAAGUGGAACACCAUACCGUAUAUAAGGCGCCUGUACAAGCUCAUGUAGUCCAAGCAGUUCAUGCUAUUCCUCAAUACCAUGGAAAUGUGCAAUCUCAUGAGCAAAUCCAGCAUCACGCUCCUAAACAUUACUUCGUUCCUGCCAAAGAACCUGCACCAGUUCAUGAAGUCGUUGGUGUUGAAGCUCCAGUUCACUAUGUUCCUAUUGUUCCUGUGCAUCAUGUGGUUCAACAGGCUCCUCACCAUGAAGUUUCACAUCACAAAGAAACUCAUCAUAAGGAAUCCCACGACGAUCAUCACAACUACCACGUUGACUACUAUGCUCAUCCCAAAUACGAGUAUGAGUACAAAGUAGAAGAUCCUCAUACUGGUGACAAGAAGUUCCAGCAUGAGUCUCGUGAUGGUGAUGUCGUGAAGGGCGUAUACAGUCUGCAUGAAGCUGACGGCUCCAUCAGGACAGUCAAAUAUACGUCUGACAAAAAGACUGGCUUCAAUGCUGAAGUUCUACACAAGGGCCACUUCAAACACGACCACCAUUAUCAUCAUUAA